AUGGCGAACGUUCCGUUUUUAGGGUUGAAAACACAUUCGCAAAAGGUUUGCAGCCUUUACAAAAGGGCUUUGCGCAAUUUAGAAGCGUAUUAUGAUAGACGCCAUGUAUACCGUUACCAAGCAGUUUUAUUACGAGAAAGGUUUGAUAAACAUGCCAAGGAGCAAGACAUGAGGAAGGCAGUUCAGCUCCUCAAAGAGGGAGAGCAGGAACUUUUCAUGGUACAGCAUCCAAUUCCUAGGAACUUUGCAACAAGUGUGGGCGGAGUGGCUCACGAGCGAGUAGUAACACCACCUGACUGGAUUUUGGAUUACUGGCAUCCCCUAGAAAAGGCACACUACCCUGAGUACUUCAAGCGUCGUGAAGAGCGCAAGAAAGAAUUUAUUGCGAUGUGGGAGAAGGAGCAUGGACCUGCAGAUAAGGAAGAGAAACAUUGA